AUGGCCUUGGACAAAGACAGCCUUCGCGCGCGCUUCUGCCAUGCCCUGUCGGAAAUGUACAAAGCCGAAGUCCCCCUGUACGGGGACCUCGUCGACCUCGUCUGGCAAGCCGACGCAGAAGCCCUCCAGACCACCCACCAGCAGCACGGCAACACCAACACCAACGCCACGAUCAAUCCAGACGACAUCCUCCCCGCCCGGAAUCGCGUCGAACGACACGGCGCCAUCCGCCUCGGCACCCCGCGCGAACUCUCCACCAUCCGCCGCAUGUUCGCCGUCAUGGGCAUGGUCCCCGUGGGGUACUACGAUCUGAGCGUCGCCGGGUUCCCCAUGCACGCAACCGCGUUCCGGCCGCGCACGCGCGAGGCACUAGCCAGGCAUCCGUUCCGGUUGUUCACGACCGUGCUGCGGAGGGAGUUGCUGAGUGAGCGGACGAGGGCGCUGGCGGAGCGGGCGCUCGCGCAGCGGGAGAUCUUCAGUCCGCGGUUACUGGAGCUGAUUGAUUCAGCUGAGACGAAGGGGACGCUGAGCAGUGCAGAGUGCGACGAGUUCAUCGCCGAGGGGCUGGAGACCUUCCGGUGGCAUUCGCGGGCGACGGUCACGCUGGAGGAGUACCAUGUCCUCAAGGCGGAGCAUCCGCUCGUCGCGGAUAUCGUCUCCUUUCCCAGCUGCCACAUCAACCAUCUGACCCCGCGGACGAUCGAUAUCGACCUCGUGCAGAGGAUGAUGCGUGAACAUGGGAUGCCAGCCAAGGAACGCAUCGAGGGCCCGCCGCGCCGCGCGAAUCCCAUCCUGCUGCGUCAGACGAGCUUCAAGGCGCUGGAGGAGACGGUGUACUUUCGUGACGCGCGCAACGAGUACGUGAGGGGCUCGCAUACGGCGCGGUUCGGGGAGGUCGAGCAGCGAGGGUAUGCGCUCACGCGAAAGGGGCGCCAGCUGUACGAUCAGAUUCUUGCGCGGGUGAAUCGCGAGGCGGCUGGCUCGGUGGAGUAUGAGAUGAUCUUGAGGAAACACUUCGAGGAGUUUCCUGAUGAUCUGGCGCAGCUUCAGGCACAGAAGUUGGCUUUCUUCUGUUACCGGGUGACGCCACAUGCGUCGGGGAGGGAUUACCAGGGCGUGGAAUCUGUUUCGCUGGCGCAGUUGUUGAAGGCCAAGGUCCUUGACUAUGAGCCCAUCACGUACGAGGAUUUCCUGCCUUUAUCCGCAGGUGGCAUUUUCAAUUCGAACUUGGACAAUACAUCCCAGUCUAAGCAGCUGAUCAUGGAGGCUGAUACUGAUCUAGAUGGAUUUCAACGGAUGCUGGGGGCUCCCGUGCUGGACGAGUUUUGUCUGUACGAGCAGCUCCAGCAGGAGAGUUUGGAGACUUGUCGCCAGGAGUUGGGAGUUGGAUCCAUUGAGGCUGACAGUGACAUUAUUACCGAAUGA